AUGUAUCGUCCGCCGUCGCUGGCUUGGUGGCUCUGGAGCCUUUCCCAGCUUACCGCCAUCCCUGCCCUGCCAACUGGCUCUUAUCAGGAGCAGCGGACCAUCUCAACCGGGGCCGUUUGCAAUGGCAGUCGGGGCGCCGUGGCCAGCGAGAGCGCGAUAUGCUCUAAGAUUGGCGUCGAUACCAUAGCCAUAGGGGGUACCGCCGCCGACGCCAUGGUGGCCACCACCCUGUGUGUCGGCGUCAUCGGCAUGUACCAUUCGGGUAUCGGGGGCGGCGGCUUCAUGCUGGUUCGCGACGCCCACGGCCGGUAUGAGUCCAUCGACUACCGCGAAACUGCCCCUGCCGCGGCCAGCCAGGACAUGUACGCGCACGAUGCCAAUGCCAGUGUGUUUGGUGGGCUGGCCGUCGCCGUCCCGGGAGAGUUGAAAGGACUAGCUUAUUUGCAUCAGAAAUAUGGUGUCUUGCCCUGGAGGACGCUGGUGAUGCCUGCUGUGCGAGUUGCGAGGGACGGGUUUCCGGUCACCGAGGAUCUAGUCCGCUACAUGAAGGUGGCUAGCCAAAAUAAUAAUACGUUCCUGGUUGAUGACCCAAUUUGGGCUGAGGAUUUUGCUCCUAAUGCCGAAUCAAUGAUCAAGUUCAUCCAAGAGAGAAACGGGAUUAUGACGCUACAAGACCUGAAAGACUACUCUCUCGAAAUCCGGGAACCUCUGAACAUCACCUACGGCCCCUAUCGACUCUAUACCACAGAAGCCCCCAGCAGCGGUGCUGUAAUGUUCAACAUUCUCAAGACCAUGGAUCAAUAUCCGCCCGAAGACCUUACCAAUAUCAACCUGACAACGCAUCGGUUCGUCGAGGCCAUGAAGUUUGCCUAUGGAGCACGCCUGGAGCUAGGCGAUCCCGACUUCCUUAAGAACAUGUCGGACUAUCAAAAGUACAUGCUAAGCGACAAAACAGCUAAGGACACACGUGGCCGGAUCCGUGAUAAUGAAACCCAACCGGUUGAUGUGUACAACCCUAACAACACUUACACAACUGACGGUCACGGCACCUCGCACAUCGUCACGGCCGACGCAUCGGGGCUAACUGUCACCUCUACAACGACUAUCAAUCUUUUGUUUGGCGCACAAAUCAUGACCCCUGACACAGGCAUCAUCUUAAACAACGAGAUGGACGACUUCUCCCAGCCCAACCGCAAUAACUCCUUCGGCUUCGCGCCUUCUCAGGCCAACUUCAUCGCACCUAGGAAACGCCCCCUCUCGUCCAUCAGCCCCAUCAUUGCUGAGCACGCGAAUAACGGAACCGUCUUCUUUGCCACGGGAGCAGCUGGCGGCUCCAGGAUCAUCAGCGCGACUGUGCAGGUCGCCUGGCGUCUGUUGUCCUUUAGCAUGUCCAUGCAUGAUGCGAUUGCUGCCCCGAGGGUGCAUCAUCAGCUCAUGCCUGAUGUGUUGAAGGUCGAGACGGGGUUUGACAAGGGGGUUGCCGAAGCGCUGAAGGAGAAAGGGCAUGUAGUUGAGUGGAUGGAACCUGGGUUGAGUGCAGUGCAGGGUAUCAUGCGGUUAUGGGAUGGGACGUUUGAUGCCGUAGGAGAGACGAGACAGAUAAAUAGUGGCGGUUAUUCGGUCUGA